UCGCAGGGCCCGCAGGGCCCGGGCACCUUCCUGCUGCAGCCGCCCAGGGGCUGCGCGGCUCGGGCCAGGUGCGCAGCGAGGGGCUGGCACCGGGAAACGGGGACCCCCCCCCCCGGACCCGGAGAAACGUUUCGCUGGAGAGCCCUGGCCUGGCCCUGAUGGCGACGGAGACCGUGUCCCUGCCACCCUCUGCCCCAGGGGGGUGCCAGCAGGAUGCCCCCGCUGGCCCAUGCACGGACAGGGAGGGCAUGGAUGUCCCCGGGAAGGGGCACAGGCCAGGGGAAGGCGGCGCUGACCCCAUCAUCACACAAGAGAGGGAACCUGGGGCGCAUGAGGCCACUGGCCAGGACGAGGCACCAGUACAUGGACAGUCCCCUGCUGCCCCAGGGGAGGGGGGCAGCCAGGCAGAUCACCGCGGCACCUGCCCCGCUCCCCCGGCACAGCCAGACCCCGCUGACGCCCCAGGCCAGCCAGCCUGCGGAGGGGAGGGCAGCAAUGGUGACGUCCUUGGUGACCCCCCCGGUGCCGCCCCCUCCUCGGAGCCGCCUCAAGCUGCCAACGCUGUCUGCCAAGCGAACCCCAGGGAGCCAAAGCUGAGCGCCGGCUCCGAGCAGGGCUGCCAGGAGAGCGCCGAGGCGGCGGGCACAGAGGCGGGUGGGGAGAAGGUGCCCGGACACAAGUCACUGGCCAGCGGCCCAGGAUCGGAGCAGCUGGCGGAGGAGUCUGAAAAGGAUCCCCAGCCAGCUGGGGAACCGGGACCCCUGGCACUGGCCAGCGCUGGUGCCCAGGGGGGCCAGGAUGCCAGCUGUCCACUCGAGCCGGCUGGCACGCCGGUGCCAGGGGGACCCCUGCUGGCACCAGGGGACCUUGCCCCUUGCAGCCAGCAGGGGGCAGCAAGUGCCAGGCCUGAGGCGGUUGUGCCAAGGUCUCCCGUGGCAACUGGUGACUCCUCUGGGCCUGCCCACCUGGUGUGCGACAGCAGCUGGGAGCCGGGGGGCGGGGAAGGCUGGAGGGAGGGACCAGCUGGCAGCUCAGCAGGUGGAGCCGAUGACAACAAUAAACCCCGGGGUGAGGUCGGAGCCGGGACUGUGCUGGAAUCUGAGCUGAGCGAGGUGCCACCCAGCGCUGCUGGGCCCCGAGAGACCUCGUCCGGGGGAGACGGUGCCAGGGAGCCAGACGGUGCCGCAGCUCCAGCUGGUGCUGCAGUUCCAGCUGGUAUCGGGGAUCUGACCGGUACCAAAGAUCCAGCCGGUCGGUGAGAUCGGCUGCCAG